GGACGCCGUGCGGGACCGUGCGCUCGCGCCUGGCUUUUGUUCCCGGCGUCUGACUUCUGACGGGCAGGAGUGGCUGUGGAGGCGGCGGCGCGCGGCUGGGACCUGGGCCGGCGGCCACGGAGAGCCCUUGGCCCCUCCCGUGUUGGCCAUUUCCUGGGACUUGUGUCCGCAGGGGACUCGGGAGGCAUCCUCCCCCCACCGAUAGCCGCUGGGGAGGGGUCAGUGGCCGUCCUCGCCUGGCCGGACCCGGCUCCCCGCGGGUGGCAGGGGCGGCCAUGCGGCUGCGCGCCCUGACCCCCAGGCCACCGGGAGGGUUCGCGCGCGGAACCCGGUCGCGCCAGCGCCGGCGCCAGCCAGAAGAAUUAACCUCGAGUCUGCACACUUUUAAGAACAAGGCCUUUAAAAAAUCCAAAGUGUGUGGAGUUUGCAAACAAAUUAUUGACGGUCAAGGUAUUUUAUGCCAAGCCUGCAAGUAUUCCUGCCACAAGAAAUGUGAAGCCAAGGUGGUGAUUCCCUGCGGUGUGCAAGUCCAACUGGAACAGGCUCCAGGGAGUUCCACACUGUCCAGUUCUCUCUGCCAUGAUAAACCUCUGUGGCUCGUCAUCCUGAGUCCCACCAUGGAGGAGGGCCAUGGGCUGGACCUCACUUACAUCACGGAGCGCAUCAUCGCCGUGUCCUUCCCCGCCGGCUGCUCCGAGGAAUCCUACCUGCACAACCUGCAGGAGGUCACGCGCAUGCUCAAGUCCAAGCAUGGGGACAACUACCUGGUAUUGAAUCUUUCAGAAAAGAGAUAUGACCUUACAAAGCUUAACCCAAAGAUCAUGGAUGUGGGCUGGCCGGAGCACCACGCACUGCCCCUGGAUAAGAUGUGUACCAUAUGCAAGGCACAGGAGUCCUGGCUGAACAGCAACCCCCAGCAUGUGGUCGUCAUUCACUGCAGAGGUGGGAAAGGAUGCAUAGGAGUGGUCAUAUCAUCCUACAUGCAUUUCACCAACAUCUCAGCCAGCGCCGACCAGGCCCUUGACAGGAUUGCAAUGAAGAAGUUUUAUGAUGACAAAGUUUCAGCUUUAAUGCAGCCUUCCCAAAAACGGUACGUUCAGUUCCUCAGUGGGCUCCCGUCCGGAUCGGUGAAAAUGAAUGCCUCUCCCCUGUUCCUGCAUUUUGUCAUCCUCCACGGCACCCCCAACUUCGACACAGGUGGAGUGUGCCGGCCCUUUCUGAAGCUCUACCAAGCCAUGCAGCCUGUGUACACCUCCGGGAUCUACAACGUUGGCCCAGAAAACCCCAGCAGGAUCUGCAUCAUCAUCGAGCCGGCCCAGCUUCUGAAGGGAGAUGACAUGGUGAAAUGCUACCACAAGAAGUACCGCUCGGCCACCCGUGAUGUCAUUUUCCACCUGCAGUUUCACACUGGGGCUGUGCAGGGCUACGGGCUGGUGUUUGGGAAGGAGGAUCUGGACAAUGCCAGCAAAGAUGACCGUUUUCCUGACUAUGGGAAGGUUGAAUUAGUCUUCUCUGCCACGCCUGAGAAGAUUCAAGGGUCCGAACACUUGUACAACGACCACAGUGUGAUUGUGGACUACAACACAACAGACCCACUGAUAUGCUGGGACUCGUACGAGAACCUCAGUGCAGAUGGAGAAGGCCUUCUGGGAUGGAAUUUCAACUCAAGGAAUUGUUGCAACGCAAAUACACCUGGACCAGAAGUGGAGACCCACAGACGGAAUGCUGAUGGUAAGAUUGGGGAAGAUGCCAGGUGAUAGAAUCCACCCUGCCUCUGACAGCAUCCAAUCUGGAGCAAAGGCUUCUUUCAACCCUCCCGCAAGCUUCCAAUACAAGCCCAAAUUCUGGAACAAGUCUUUUCCAAAACCUCCUUCAGAGAAGCUCCC